GCUCGCUUCGGCAGCACAUAUACUAAAAUUGGAACAAUACAGAGAAGAUUAGCAUGGCCCCUCUUGCGUAUCUGGAGCUCAUUCUUCUCUGUUUCAAUUGUUUCAAAUACCCUCCUCCAAUGUUUCAAUUGUUUCAAAUACCCUCCUCCAAUCAGAGCUUUUGCUUGUUUCAAAUUGGAGAAAGAGAGCAAAAACCCACCAAUGAAAAGUCUAGCUUGUUUCAAAUGUUUUUCAGCCAAUCAUCACUCUCCGAAAGUCCUGGAACGUAACUUCACCACACAAAAAAUAUUUUCCGGCAGCCGUUGUUUGAUCAUACCUACCCUCAGACCUAUCAAGCAAACAUGGAAAAUCCUAGUUUCCGGUUCACGCCCUCACAGGAGUUGGUCCUCAAGGCCACACCGCAGGCAGUUAAAGUGGCCGCUGACGGCCCCCCUGCUUCUGGUGCCCAGGGCCCUCCUGUGAGGGCUAAGAAGUGGGAGGAAGUGGAAGCAGAGGCUCGAGCCCGUGUCGUCUCCGAGGGAGGUGACCCCGGUGCAGAGAUGGUCGUCCUGAGCCGGUGCGCGGUUCAGUUCGGCAAGUACCGUGGUCAGACCUUCAAGUGGAUGAUGGAGAACGACGUGGGCUACAUGGUGCACCUGGUAACGGUGCAUCAGAAGGAGAGAGAGCGAGAGGGCAGUGUUUCCCAGCAUCCCCUGAUGGCCAACAAGGACGCCUUGACUCGCUAUUCGUGCGCCUAUCCGGCCUUCUCUGAGAUGGUCAGGUUCAACCGGGCGCACGAGGAAGCUGAAGUCCUGUCCUCCCAGCCAGGCCAGGAGGGCAAGGCCCUUGUCGGCAUCGGAAAGUACAAGUGGGACACGCUGCAGGACCUGUAUGAGGCUACGGGUGCAGACAGGAUAAAAUAUGUCAGGAGCAUGAGGACGCAGACACCCCGUUAUCCUGGGAGUGCGAUGGCCGCCUUAAUUGAUUACAUUCAGCGCAGAGACCGGGAGGGGGUAGCUGCUGUGGCCAGGCCCGCCGCAGCCAGCACCAUCCCCGCCAGUAACACCCGGCCCAACAGUGCGGCUACGCCUCUUGGUCCUGCGAUCUCUGCGUUCCUUUCAAGGCGCUCUCUCGCCCCAGGCGAACUGCAGGCGAAGAUGAAUAAACUCAUUGCUUCUCAGCCUGCAGUUCAAGGGGUGUCUUUCCCUCGACCAGCACUGCCACCAACAGAUAUAUCAGACGCAGAGCUGGUCAAAGCAGCUGCUGACAUAGACACAUCCGUUGCCCUACAGCUCCACCCAUCGCUCCCUCGGCCUCUGCCUCCAAAUGACCGAGCCCCGGUCCCUGCCCUGGUUCCUGACCCGGCCCCUGCUCCUGCCCUACUAGGGCGGAGCGAAGAGGAGGAUUUGCCCCGGCAGUCCUUCCUGCCUCCAAGGCCCGCCUCAGAAAGUGCUGAGCUGCUGCUUCCAGAGAGUUGGCGUUCAUCUCUCACCAAGGAGCAGCAGCGGUGGAUCGGCCGCACGCUGUUCACCAGGGAUAGCUUUGGGAGGUCGACACUCACCACUGACCUGGUCACGUGGUGGAACCCUCCCCAACCACGGCCGAUCUACAAUCAGCCACCCGCAUCCCCGAGCCCUUCUUCGCAUGUCAGCUGUUCCUUUGGAUGCCCGUACGCAUGUGGGCAUACAAGCUGGCAUGCCCCCAGUCUGGGUGCAGAGGCACACUGUGCCAGGCUGGGCUCUACAAGACCAUCCGGAGGGUCUUGGACAUCGACCGCUGGUAUCUCAUGGCCACUGAGUACCUGGAAUGCGGCCGGUGUAAGAAGAAGGUCGCGGGGUGGUCACGGGACCUUGUCAGUCAGCUGGACGCUCGGCAUCGCUGCCAGUUUCCAGCAAUAUUGACAUACAAGCUGUCCUGUGACCUGCGGGUUGUGAGGAUGCUGAGGUCGCGCACUUUGGGGAACAGUGCGUCACAGACCUACAGCAAGCUGUGUGAAAGUCACAGCGAGUCCUGGAUGCGGUGUUGUAUACGGUACCUCGGG